UCCACGUUUGUUUCCUUUCCGACGACGAAAGGUAUCGCGAAUAUACCGACUGCGUAAAAGUUUCGCUUUAUUAGUGAUUUUGUGGUGAAAACUAGCAUUUUAGACAGCAAACAUGCCACCCAAGAAGAACCAGGAACCGGAAGUGAAACCCAUGAUUGGCCGUAUCGGUACCAAUCUGCGCAUCGGUAUCGUCGGUGUGCCGAACGUUGGCAAGUCGACCUUCUUCAACGUGUUGACCAAGAGUGCAGCACCAGCGGAAAACUUCCCCUUCUGCACGAUCGACCCCAACGAGAACAGAGUUCCGGUGCCCGAUGCUAGGUUCGAUUACCUGUGCGAGUACCACAAACCAGCAAGCAAAGUGCCUGCCUUUCUCAAUGUAGUGGACAUUGCCGGUCUGGUGAAGGGUGCUGCCGAAGGGCAGGGCCUCGGUAAUGCAUUCCUCUCGCACAUCAACGCGUGUGAUGCCAUCUUUCAUCUGUGUCGUGCAUUCGAAGAUCCGGAUGUGACGCACGUCGAAGGCGAGGUAGAUCCAGUUCGUGAUCUGUCCAUCAUUUCCGAGGAGCUGCGUUUGAAGGACGAGGAAAAACUGUUGAUCAGUUUGGAUAAGGUGGAAAAGCUCGUAGUUCGUGGUGGCGAUAAGAAGAUCAAGCCUGAAUAUGAAACACUACUCAAAGUCAAGGAAGUGCUAGUGGAUCAGAAGAAGCACAUCCGGUUCGCUGACUGGAGCAUGCAUGACAUUGAAGUUCUGAACAAAUAUCUAUUCCUGACGUCCAAACCGGGCAUCUAUCUGGUGAACCUGUCGGAGAAGGACUUUAUCCGCAAGAAGAACAAAUGGCUACCGAAAAUCAAGGAAUGGAUCGACAAACACGAUCCCGGAGCGCCACUGAUCCCAUUCUCAGGCUUGUUCGAACAUAAACUGGCCGACAUGGAAUCCGACGCCGAUCGCAAGGCCUACGAGGAGGAAACCAAGUGCACAUCAAUGCUGGACCGGAUCAUUACCACCGGUUACAAGGCUUUGCAGUUGGAGUACUUCUUCACCGCUGGGGUGGAUGAGGUUAAGGCCUGGACUAUCCAGAAGGGAACCAAAGCCCCACAGGCAGCCGGUCGUAUCCAUACCGACUUCGAGAAGGGUUUCAUUAUGGCUGAAGUCAUGCAUUACGUCGAUUUCAAGGAGGAAGGUAGUGAAGUGGGUGCCAAGGCUGCCGGAAAGUACCGACAGCAGGGCCGGAACUACCUUGUCGAAGAUGGUGACAUCAUCUUUUUCAAGUUUAACGCCGGUGCUGGCCUGAAGGAUGCCAAGAAAAAGUGAUACGAUAAAAUAGCCACGGUCAUUGCUAUUCUUCUCUACUUGAAUAUGAUAUUCUACUCGCAAAUGUUUCUACCAUUAUCAACGUAGGGAAAGUAAACUUCGGUUCCUUACAUUCAACAAUAACAAUGCGAGUAGAUCAACAACUAGCAACAUAUGGAAACGAUCGAUACAUUCAUAUUGCACUUCUGCAUAUAAGACCUCUGAUAAAAACAUGAUAGUGAAGUGUUUAAAACUAAACUUGGAAAUAAAUUAUUCGUUUUGUGUAUCUGCUUAGAAA